AUGGCAGUGGAUGGAUUUGGUCUCAGCGAUUUUCAGAAUAAAAAGAAAAAUAAAGCCGAAGCCAAGGAAGUUGCAACUGCUGUGGGACUUAUCUCUAUCAAGGAGGACAAACACAACUGUAUCUUCUGUGGUCAGAAUCAUGAUAGUACCUCAUGCGGAAAAGCAAGGAAAAUGCAGUACGACGAAAGACUUCAAGUUGUUAAGGGAAAAAAUGCCUGUUAUCAUUGUCUAAAGAUAGGACAUAGUUUUAAAUUCUGCCGCUAUAAAGAAAAAUGUGCUUGGUGUAACAAGAAACACGUACUACUUAUGUGUCGCAGUAGAACGCCGAAUGUAUCUCAAGGAAAGGAUCAAAUAGAGAAAACUAAUGAGACGCAACAGCAAUCUAACCUCGCUAGUGCCCAUCUAACAUGUGAGGUGUUUCUACAAACACUUCAUAUCAAAUUAUUUAAUCAAGAUAAAGAGCGCGUGGUACGAGCGGUUUUCGAUACAGGAUCACACAGAUCAUAUGUAUUAGAUUGUUAUGCCAAAAAAUUAGACUUUCAGAUUAUAGUUGAACAAGAAGUCGUGCAUAUGUUAUUUGGCGGCGCGAAAUCUAAACCACGGAUGCAUAAAGGAUACAAGAUUUCUGUAAAAAGUUUGGAUAAUUCAUAUUCCUGUAAUUUUGUGGCUUUAGAUCAGGAUGUCAUCUGCCGGAAUGUUCCGUCGGUGAAGAAAGGCCCAUGGAUACAAGAAUUGCAACAGCAAGGAAUAAAACUUACCGAUGUCGAUAACAGAGACGAACCCAUAGUUGUUUUAAUAGGAGCAGAUAUUUGUGGAAAGUUGAUUACUGGAAGGAAAAAAGAACUCAAAUGCGGAGUAAUCGCUUUUGAAACAUUGCUUGGUUGGACAUUAUUAAGAAAAACUAAUGUUCAGUCUACGAGAAGAGAAGAUUCUACGCUCAUGGUCGUCUCAAUGUAUGCUCAAGAUGCGAAUAUCGCCAACUUAUGGGAAUUAGAUACUUUAGGGAUAACGGAUCCAAUCUCGAAGAAAACAAAAGACAUCUUUCUGAUAGAAGUAAAGGAGCGCUUUCAACAAACAAUUAAAGUGAAUGAAGAAGGAAGAUACGAAAUAUCACUUCCCUGGAGAUAUGAUCAUUUACCAUUAGCGGACAAUAAGAAUGAUGCAAAGCGUCGAUUAGAAUCGACAACGAGAAAACUUCAGAAGCAAGGUCUUUACGAUGAUUACCAGAGUAUAUUCGAUGAAUGGUUAGCAGAGGGAAUCAUCGAGAGAGUUCCAGAUGAAGAAAUAAGGCAAGAAGGAUAUUACCUUCCCCAUAGACAUGUGAUCAAGGAAAACAGCACUACCAGAAUAAGACCAGGUUUUGACGCCUCAGCUGUAGGAACCAAUGGACUCUCACUUAAUCAAUGUCUGGAAACAGGUCCUAAUUUGAUUGGAUUGAUUCCUAAUAUAUUAUUAGGUUUCAGACGACGAAGGAUAGCACUAAUUUCAAAUAUUCGUAGAGCCUUUUUGCAAAUAAGCGUUUCACCAGAAGACAAAAAUGUAUUGCGAUUUCUCUGGUGGAAAAAGAUGUUCCCAGAACAGAUAGAAGUAUAUCGACAUCGGAGAGUAGUCUUCGGUGUAUCUAGCAGCCCUUUCUUACUAGGAGGCAUCACCGGACGAAUGAAUUUUUCCUCGAAAGAACGCAGUUCCCCACUAAUUGGGGAGCUCUUUGAUUGGCGUUCUGUACACGUGACGCGCGCGUGUAACUGCGUUCUCUGA